AUGCCCUGCGACCGACCUCAGCCUCCAUCCAAAAAACAAAAAUCCACCAAUACGAACCGCUCACGGCCAUACACUGGCGCAGGGCUCAAACCCACCCGUAAUCCUAUCCCCCUCCCCUCCCUACACAUAACCAAUGAUAACGACGCCGCCGAGGUCGUCCGCGUCCGUGUCCAACAGCGGCCAGUCUGGGGAGGGAGGGGAUACACCUGGAUAGUCGACCAGCACCCGACGCAACAACUCGGACGAGGCACCCUCAUCUCCAUACAGAAUGAAUCGGGUCAAUCCGGCACGGGACGCCUAUCUUCGGCGUCCGACCUCCGCCGACAUUGGAUCACGUUCACUGUAGCUGGCGCCUCCCCGCCGUGCAACCUCCGUGUCCCUAUUCCUUGGGCCACAUUGGGGACACUCGAGAGCUAUACACACACUACACACUACGCCACCCUCGCAGACCUUCCACCGCCCCACUCCUCCUUUCUAAACAACCCCGCCUUCUCCGAAGCAACGGACAACCCGUACGAAUUCGAACUGUGGGAUGUAGACACGGAGACUCUCGAGAAGAGGAUCUCGCUGAUCCGAAACAGCGGAAGACGCCGGCUGGGAUCACGACCCAAAUCGCCGCAGCCGGACGAAGGGACGGAAUGGAAGGACCAGCGAGGGCGCUAA